AGGCAAAAUGAACGGGAUCUCGAGAGGUCUUUCGAUAGGAAUGAAUGUGAACUUUUACAGAAGUCAGGCGAUUUCAAUACACUGAAACUUUCAUCGAGUUAUGCAGAAAAGUCGACAGAACUGCUUGAAAUAGACGUAGACGAGGAGGACGAGGAUGGCGUCAUAAUUAUUGAUGAUGUAGACGAACUGUGCUUCGAAGAGGGGGACCCAACAAAUGAUCUUAAAAUAGGAGAUACCAAUGUGUCUCAGUUAUUCCGGCAGUAUCAAAAUGAGUCGUUAAAGAUCGCAAAGACUG